CGGGCGUUUAUUUUUCAUAUUUUUCUGUCUCUUGAGUCGGUUGUCUUGUGGCUAGCAAGAUGAUGAUGAUGAUGAUGAUGAUGAUAAUUUGGUGAAAAUUUUGAAGACGCCUUGAAUUUCAUUCGCAUAGAACAAGAACUUGAUGCGAAGGGUACUUAUUUGCGAAAUAGUACGUUGGCUUGUGAACAACCACAUGAGACUUCAAGCGCUCAACUUUCACGAAAAUCGUCGGUAGAAUCAACACUCUGUUUACUACGCAAUUUCCGGCUCAACAGGUGUAUUUCGACAACUUCGAAUCCGUGACCGUGCUAUCGAGGUUUGUCUUGCACACACUUCGCGCCCGUGGUCGCUACACCUUUAUCACGAACUAAGACACAACUUCUUUGGUUUAUCGUUUUCCCAUAGUACAACUCGUACUCUCAUAAUUUAUCUUUUAAAAAAUUCUUGCAAGCUGCAGUUGAAAAUGCCGAAGACAGCCGCAUCAACCCUUGGGAGCAGUCGUGCGACCAAAAUAAAUGGAGCAUUGUUAUGCCGCGGCGCAUUGCUUUUCCUGCAUCACGCGGAGGCGCUGAGCAUGAACCAGGGCGGUAUAACGAACAAACGCUCAGGAGAAGCGUUUCUGUCGUCGUCCUUGGAGGUGGACGGGGAUUCUGAUGCAGCCAGAAUGACUGGGGCCGGCGAUCAUGUUGUCGGUUCCUCCUCGGGCGCGCCUGCGUCGAGCUCUUUCACGAUCGCAGAAGGUAGAAAACGCGAUCCUGCUGGAGCUGCGUCUUCUAGAAACGGCGCUGCAGGAGAGAUGACCAUCAUGGGUAAUUAUAUGCACUCGGCACUGGAGGCCACUGAGGCUACGGGUGGAGCACCAGCUCCAGCCUCGUUCACCGAGAAGAGGCCGGGGUACAAGGGCGCGCCUUUGCAAUACCACACGAUUUCGCAGGAGACCGGAACCAAAAUCGGCUUCGAAGGCGGAGAGACGCCGCGCUGCCUCAACGGAGACCCCGCGGGCUACUUUACCGAGGUCGUAGAGGAUGAGAAGGAGCUUGCCAACAAACUUGCGAACGGCUUGUUGAUCGAGCUGGAGGGGGGAGGCUGGUGCGGUGACUCGGGCGGUGACGUAUUGACCGACUGCGCAGAGCGCGCGCGCAAAACGUGGAAGACUGGGGAGACGGGAUACGGCAGCGCGGUGCCGGCGACGUGGGAGCACUUCGACCGUAAAACGAAAACGAUGGAAACAGUCGAGAGGAAGGACCACACGCGCUACGCGUUCAAGGAUUCGUGGGCGGAUCCGUUUUUUUAUGUGUACGUGCCUUACUGCGACGGAACGGUGUUCACUGGGGAUCUGAAGGAACCGGUAACGGCCGCCGAUGGCACUACGAUGCACUUUCAUGGCAAACGCAUUCUUGACAGCGUCCUGGCGGAACUCGCGGACCGUUUUUUUGCGCCGCCGAUUGUGCGCAUUGGCGAGACCGAGCCGCCCCAGGACCUAUCAGUCCCAAACAAGUACUAUCUCGGAGCCGAAAGCGGCAACGCGGCGCGCGUGAUCUUGUACGGGCAUUCCGCCGGAGGCCUGGCUACAUUCUACGCGGUUGACCGAGCAAACGCCAUGCUGCAAAAGAUGUGGACCGCCGCUCAUCAAAAUCCCGAGGUCAGCGUCGAACACAAAAAGCUCGUUGUGCGCGGUGCUUCGCAGUCUGGAUUCUUCGUUCAGACACCGGCCACGUUUGGCGACGGAAAUAAUGAAAACGCCUUUGGUCGCGGGAUGGAGCGGCUGAUGGACGCGGUCAACGGAUACCCAGCUUUGAACGAAAAAUGCCUGGAGAAGUUUGCCGACGACAAAAAGAAGUGUUUGCACCUCCAGUAUUUCGGCGACCUGCUUGAGUCGCCGAUGUUCGUCAUGCAGAGUAAGUACGACCAGUCGGAAAUCGACUACUUUUUAGCUGCCCGGUGUCCCUUUUGGACGAACAAGAUCUGUCGCAAUUCGCGAGUGCCGAAUUUUAUCGAAGAGCAUACUUUGUUCUCCCCCAGCGCUGGGGGUUACAAGGUCAACUGGGUGGAGACUUCCCGGUUUCCCGGUACCCAGUCGACCAACGCGGCGGAUCAGACGUGGAAGGAUGCGGCGCAUCCCCGCCUGAACGCGGGCUGGAACGAUGACUGCUGUUUCGUCCACGAGCUGGCCGAAAUCAAGAACCUGUUCCAGCUGCAUAUAACCUGCUCAGGUGUUGCAAUCUCAAACGUUGCAAUAGAAUAUGGAAAUCCGUGACGCAAGAAGUCGUGCAUGAUCUAGCCUCUUCCCACAAAGUAGCGCAUGACAAGUUCUUCCGGAGCUCCAAGUCGCACUAUAGUACACUCUGGCGAAAUUUGUAUUGCAGAAAGUGGAACGCUCUGCGAGUCUGUCAUGCUCAUUAUGCAAGACAUCAAAUCCCGGACUCUAUUGUAACGGUUGAGUUUGUAACGUUUGAGCAAGUCAUACUGCACAUGCGCCAGAGCCAGUUAAUGAUGCAGCACCCGAAGCACAGCCAUUUCUACCUGGAUUGCAUCGCGUAUGGAUGUGUCAGGAUUGAAAUCGUCAAAGUUGAAAUGAUUUGCCAUGCAUAAGAUGCGAUACAAAAAGUGACUCUAUUGCAGAGGACGCACGGGAGGCAGAUUGUAGUCCUGGUAAGGGUCAAAAGUUGGGCUGCUGACUAGCAUGACAGAAGGCAGCUCUUUUGCCCUAAACCACAUGACAGACUCGCUUACAGGACCGGGAAAAUUUGUCAUGCGCCGACUACAAACUGUAGGUCUAAGUGGUAUCCGUUUUAUGCAUGACAAAUUAUUUCAACUUUGACGAUUUCAAACCUGACACUUCCAUAUCGCGCACACGGUCUUGGGCAUGGAUCCCAACCACCCGUCCUCCCGGGUAAAGUAUACCCUUGCUACCCUGCUGGAGGAGCGGUUCGUGGGAACGCAUAGCGAUGGAAACUUUCCAUCGUCAUGGAAAUUUUCCAUGACGAUGGACGAGGCGUUCGUUUCUUGGGGAAAGGACGAAACGAAAGUGGUACAAGUCAUCGACGUAUGCAUUGCAAACAUGUUUGGGUCUGGAAGGAUCCGAAUUUGUGAUGCGAAUUCAACAUCAUGAGAAAAUCUGUCAUGCGUCGCCAGGAAAAGGCCCCACUUCUUGUUAUACCGAAAGAGCGGAUUUGUCAUGCGGAUUAGGUGGAAUUGGGGUACCUGCUCGAAAUCUGUGAUGCCAGGGCAUGCAUGCCAGAGGAAGAUGUGGGUCAGGUAAAAACUGCAUGACAAGUCUCGCACUCUUCCAGACCCAGACAUGUUUGCAUUUGAUACGACGGCCGGUCGUGGAAGUUUACCGAUGCGGAUAAAACGUGCCACCGUGCCCCCUAA